AUGUGGCGACUUCGCGUUGCGACAGGGGACAGCCCAUUUCUGACGAGCGUCAGCGACUUCCCUGGCCGACAGACUUGGGAGUUUGACCCAGCGGCAGGUACGGAGGAGGAGAGGCAGGAGGUGGAGAGGCUGAGGGAGGAGUUCACACGGCACAGACAGGAGAGGAAGCACAGCAGCGAUGCGCUUAUGCGCCUGCAGCUCACAGGAGGCAAGCCCCCGGCCAAUCAGCCGCCCCCUGUGCGGGUAACCGAGGAGCCGGUGGCAACAGCCACAGUCGUGGAUGAGGCAGCAGUGGAGGUGACUCUAAGGAGGGCGGUGCGCUUCUAUGAGACGAUUCAGGCGGAGGACGGGCACUGGGCGGGGGACUAUGGCGGCCCUCUCUUCCUCAUGCCGGGCCUGCUGAUCACGCUGCAUGUGACAGGCGCGCUGGAGCAGGUGCUGACAGCGGAGCACAAGAGGGAGAUGGUGCGGUACCUCUACAACCACCAGAACCCGGACGGCGGGUGGGGGCUGCACAUAGAGGGCCACAGCACCAUGUUCGGAUCCACCCUCAACUAUGUCUCCCUGCGCAUCCUCGGCGAGCACCCCGCCAAUCCCGCCAUGACAGCUGGCCGCGAGUGGAUCCUCUCGCACGGCAGCGCCACCGCCAGCACCUCCUGGGGCAAAUUCUGGCUCUGUGUGCUAGGCGUGUAUGACUACAGAGGCAUCAACCCCAUGCCGCCUGAAAUGUGGCUGCUGCCCUACUUCCUCCCUGUACACCCUGGUCGUAUGUGGUGCCACUGCCGCAUGGUCUACCUCCCCAUGUGCUACAUCUACGGAUUGAGAGCCCACGGCCCCACCGACACGCCCCUCGUGGCGGCUCUUAGAGAGGAACUCUAUAACGAGCCGUAUGAGUCCAUCAACUGGAACAACAUGAGGCGCCGAUGUGCCAAGGAGGACCUCUACUUCCCGCACCCCUUCAUUCAGGACUGCCUGUGGGACGCCCUAUACCACGUGGCCGAGCCGCUCUUCAAUAAGCUGCCACCGGGGAAGCUUGUAAGGAGGAUGGCGCUCAGGGAGGCGAUGAAGCAUAUACACUACGAGGACGAGAACACUCGCUAUGUCUGCAUCGGGCCGGUUAAUAAGGUGAUCAACAUGCUGUGCUGCUGGGUGGAGGAUCCCAACAGCGAGGCAUUCAAGAAGCACCUGCCACGCGUGGCGGAUUACCUAUGGCUGGCCGAGGAUGGCAUGAAGAUGCAGGGGUACAACGGCAGUCAGCUGUGGGACACAGCCUUUGCAGUGCAGGCGCUGCAUGCCACCCACAUGAUGGAUGAAACCCACCGCGCCCUCAAACUCGCUCACUCCUACCUCGAACGCUCCCAAGUGCAGGAGGACUGCCCAGGCAAGCUGUCAGCGUGGUACCGCCACAUCUCCAGGGGCGCUUGGCCCUUUUCCACGCGCGAUCACGGCUGGCCCAUCAGUGACUGCUCGUCUGAAGGGCUCAAGGCAUCGCUCAUCUUGGAGGCCCUCCCACCCCACCUGGUGGGUGAGGCCAUUCCCGAGCGCCGCCUCUGUGACUGUGUGGACGUCAUUCUCUCCUACCAGAACAAGGAUGGGGGCAUGGCCACAUAUGAGAACACACGCUCCUACCCCUGGCUUGAGAUCCUAAAUCCUUCUGAGACGUUUGGAAACAUUAUCAUUGACUACUCCUACGUGGAGUGCACGUCAGCAUCCAUCCAGGCCCUCACAGCGUUCACAAGAGCGCACCCGGAGUACCGUGCAGAUGACAUCGAGCAGGCCAUCUGGAAGGCGAGGGGCUUCCUGGUGGAUAUCCAGAGGGACGACGGCUCGUGGUACGGCAGCUGGGGCGUGUGCUUCACGUACGGCACGUGGUUCGGGAUCUCAGGGCUGGUGGCAGCAGGGGCGCGCUACGAGACGUCGAAUGCCGUCCGCAAGGCCGUGCGCUUCCUGCUGGACAAGCAGCUGCCGGCAGGGGGAUGGGGGGAGAGCUACCUGUCCAGCCAAGACAAGAAAUACGUCAACCUGCCAGGCGACCGACCUCACCUGGUGAACACCGCGUGGGCCAUGCUGGCCCUCAUGGAAGCCGAGCAGCAUCUGCGCGACCCUCGGCCUCUGCACGCUGCAGCACGGGUGCUGGUGAACGGGCAGAUGGAGAAUGGGGACUUUCCUCAGGAGGUGAGGGAGCUCUGUGGGUGCAGAGGUUAA